UCCUGGGAUGCGAGGGCACCAGAAUUCUCCCUCUCCAAAAGAAAUCUAGGACCAAAGCAGACAUUUUCUUGACUGGGGAGCUGACAAGAUUUAAUCCCAAAGACCAGAAACAUGCACUGUGCCAUCCAAAAGGCAGAAGCACUGGAUGGGUCCCAUCUGAUGCAGGUCCUCUGGCAUGAUGGGGCAGAGUCCCUCUACCCUUCCGUGUGGCUAAGAGACAACUGCCAGUGCUCUGAGUGCUACCUGGGUUCUGCAAAGGCACGGAAACUUCUUCUGGAAGCUCUUGAUGUGAACAUUAGUAUUAAAGAUUUGACAUUUGACAGAAAAAAGGUUUAUAUCAUAUGGCCCAAUGAGCAUCGCAGUGAAUUUGAAGCUGAUUGGUUGAAGAAAAGAUGCUUUUCCCGGCAGGCCAGAGAAAAACUCCAAGAAGAAUUGUUUUUGCCAGAAUAUCAAUAUUGGGGCUCAGAGCUACAGCUACCUACCCUAAAUUUUGAAGAUGUCUUAAAAAAUGAUGAACAAGCAUACGAGUGGCUCUCCAGCCUCAAAAAAGUAGGCAUUGUGAGGCUCACUGGAGCCUCUGACAAACAAGGAGAAGUUACAAAACUUGGGAAAAGGAUCGGUUUCCUAUAUCUCACAUUUUAUGGACAUACUUGGCAAGUGCAAGACAAAAUCGAUGCAAACAAUGUGGCCUACACAACUGGAAAGCUCAGCUUUCACACAGAUUACCCAGCCCUCCGUCAUCCACCUGGGGUUCAGCUUCUGCACUGCAUAAAGCAAACAGUCACAGGAGGUGACUCAGAAAUUGUAGACGGGUUUAAUGUGUGUCGAAAACUCAAGGAAAUAAAUCCUCGGGCAUUCCAGAUUUUGUCUUCCACCUUUGUGGACUUCACAGACAUUGGAGUGGAUUACUGUGAUUUCUCUGUACAGUCUAAACACAAAAUUAUAGAGUUAGAUGAUAAAGGCCAAGUGGUUCGCAUCAACUUCAAUAAUGCAACUAGAGACACAGUGUUUGAUGUGCCUGUUGAACGAGUUCAGCCUUUUUAUGCUGCCCUAAAGGAAUUUGUUGACCUCAUGAACAGCAAAGAAUACAAGUUCACCUUCAAGAUGAACCCAGGUGAUGUGAUUACUUUUGACAACUGGCGCUUACUUCAUGGUCGACGUGGCUAUGAAGCAGGAACUGAGAUAUCACGCCAUCUAGAAGGAGCAUAUGCUGAUUGGGAUGUGGUCAUGUCCAGGCUUCGUAUCCUAAGGCAGAAUGUCAAGAAUGGGAACUGAAUAUCAUGUCUAAUAAGAGUCCAAUGACUACUUUGUAAGCUAUGGCAUGGUUAUUAACAGAUCAUGAUCUAUACCAUUUAAAUAUUAAUUUCUUUAACACUGAACGUGUAACUUCUGUUACAGAAUACUCUUUUUCUUGUAAUUGUAGUCAAUAUCAACUUGUUAGGUGUUGUGGCAAUAUGCCCCUUUCUCUAAAUAAAGUGUCCCUUCUGUUCUG